UUUAGAUAUACUUUCGAUUUUCUUCCUCUGAAAUCCUUCGCUCCUCCCAAGAAUCAGAUUCAUCUGCUCAAUCAAGAUGCAAAUCUUCGUCAAAACCUUAACCGGAAAGACCAUCACCCUCGAGGUUGAGAGUUCAGAUACCAUCGAUAAUGUCAAAGCUAAGAUCCAGGACAAGGAGGGGAUCCCCCCAGAUCAGCAGAGGCUGAUCUUUGCCGGCAAACAGCUUGAGGAUGGCCGCACCCUCGCUGACUACAACAUCCAGAAGGAGUCAACCCUCCACCUGGUGCUCCGUUUGAGGGGUGGGAUGCAGAUCUUUGUCAAAACCCUAACCGGCAAGACUAUCACCCUUGAGGUGGAGAGCUCUGACACAAUUGACAACGUAAAGGCAAAGAUCCAGGACAAGGAGGGCAUCCCCCCAGACCAGCAGAGGCUGAUCUUUGCAGGGAAGCAGCUUGAGGAUGGCCGCACCCUUGCCGACUACAACAUCCAGAAGGAAUCCACCCUCCAUUUGGUCCUCCGUUUGAGGGGUGGGAUGCAGAUCUUUGUCAAGACCCUGACUGGCAAAACCAUCACCCUUGAGGUUGAAAGCUCGGACACCAUUGAUAAUGUGAAGGCGAAGAUACAGGACAAGGAAGGCAUUCCCCCAGACCAGCAGCGAUUGAUUUUUGCUGGGAAGCAGCUUGAAGAUGGCCGGACCCUUGCAGAUUACAACAUCCAAAAGGAGUCCACCCUGCAUUUGGUCCUCCGUUUGAGAGGAGGUAUGCAGAUAUUUGUGAAGACACUGACUGGCAAGACGAUUACCCUCGAGGUUGAGAGCUCAGACACCAUUGACAACGUGAAGGCUAAGAUCCAGGACAAGGAAGGGAUUCCCCCAGACCAGCAGCGAUUGAUCUUUGCUGGAAAGCAGCUUGAGGACGGACGUACCCUUGCGGAUUACAACAUCCAGAAGGAAUCUACACUGCACUUGGUUCUCCGGCUUCGUGGUGGAAUGCAGAUUUUUGUGAAGACUUUGACGGGUAAAACCAUCACCCUGGAGGUUGAGAGCUCUGAUACGAUUGACAAUGUCAAGGCGAAGAUCCAAGACAAGGAGGGGAUCCCACCAGACCAGCAACGGUUGAUCUUUGCAGGGAAGCAAUUGGAGGACGGAAGGACCUUGGCUGACUACAAUAUCCAAAAGGAGUCCACCCUUCACCUUGUCCUCCGUCUUCGUGGUGGUUUCUGAAUCUAUCUGUUUGAUUGGCCAUGGCAAAAUGUUGUGUUGUGUUGUCAUUGAACUGUUUGUUGUUUAUGUUUGUUUGUGUUGUUUUUACAUGUUGUGAACUUUGUAAGUGUUUUGCCUGCCAUUAUGAUGGCGAGGUUUUGAUGUUUUCUUGUGUUGAAAUGUAGUUGUUUGACUUUUGUGAUUGCCAUGAAUAAUAAAUCUGUGUUCUGGUGUUUCGUUUACAGUCAUUGUGCCUC